AUGGCCUUCUCGGGAGCUUUGACGCUCACCGACCUCAACGACUAUCUCGGCCCCUCACAAGCAUGCAUCAAGCCCGUAGAGGGUAAGGAUGCACCUACACCCGAGCCACUCGAUGACGAGACAUCACGCCUCAAUUCAGCUCAGACUCAAAUAGCGGUUGAGUCAUCAGGCGUCUAUGAGACCAGCGUCAACGCCACCAGCGCCAACGGCGAACCUUCCUCCUCGAGCUCAGCUCCACGCGCCCGCACCAAGCUCGAGGCGGCUGAAAUCUCUCUCAACGACUGUUUAGCAUGCAGCGGCUGUGUCACCUCUGCUGAGAGUGUGUUGAUCGGCAUGCAGAGCCUCGAAGAGGUUCGCAAGGUGGUCGAGGAGAAUGCUACCGUGGAGCAAGCCGCGCAGAAGAAGAUCGUGGUGGCCAGCAUCGCGCCACAAUGCCUCGCAUCCCUCUCUGCAAAGUACUCCCUCAACGCGGCUUCGAGCUCAGACAAGACUUCUUUCAUCCCUCUGCGCUCGAUCCUCGCCCGCGUUCGCUUCUUCCUCAAGGACCGCUUCGGAUUCGAGGCUGUCCUCGACACGACGUUUGCGCGACAUGUGGCGUUGAGGGAGCAUCGCCGCGAGUUCCUUCAGCGCAAGGCUGCGGGCAAAGAGAAAGAUGGACAGCUCCCUAUGCUGGCAAGCGCGUGUCCUGGCUGGAUUUGCUACGCAGAGAAGACGCAUGGCGAGCUCCUGCCGUUCAUCAGCAGGACGAAGAGCCCGCAGCAGGUUGCAGGGACGAUGCUCAAAAAGGAUGCACUGAAUGGGCGACGACGCACGACAUCUUCAGCGGCAUCCGCGUCGGUGUACCAUGUCGCGGUCAUGCCAUGCUACGACAAAAAGCUCGAAGCCAGUCGGGCGGACUUUUUCGAUGAGGUCCUUGGCUCAAGGGAUGUGGAUUGCGUGAUUACGACGGGGGAGCUGGAUAGACUCAUGAUGGAGGAGGGAUUCGAUAUCGCACAGCCCGUGCCCAAUGAGGGGCGCGAUGCUGCUGCCCAAGAGCAGGACGAUCUAGGCAUCCCCACCCUCCUCGAUCACCCGGGCAGCUCCUCAGGCGGUUACCUCUUCGACCUACUCGAGGGAGCAUGGCGCGAUCACGCUGCCGAGCACGCCCGCUCCUCUGCAUCUUCGCCACCGCAACUCAGCACUCGCAUCGUUCGCACAUCAGACUUCACGGAGUACACGCUCCGCUCCCCUUGGACGAACGAGAUCCUCUUCCGCGGCGCUCAUUGCUAUGGGUUCCGCAAUCUGCAGAACUUGGUCAGGAAGGUGCAGAAGCAGACUGGCGUCAGGAGUAGGAAGGGCGCCGCUGCGGGCAGUGUGAAUGGCGAGCGGGUGGGGGCCGCAAGUAGGGGUAGGGGGGUGUCGAAGAGGGGUGGCGGGAUGAUGAGGAGAGGCAGAGGGGGUGCAGCAGGUGUUGCAGCGACUGCUAAUGGAGGUGCUUCGCCGGAGGAAGAAGAAGAGGCACGAGGUUACGACUACGUAGAGGUCAUGGCCUGCCCGAGCGGAUGUGUCAAUGGUGGUGGCCAGAUUCGUCCGCCAACUGGCGAAGAGUCGAGCAGCAGCAGCGGCGGGAACAACGGCAUCUCCAUGGCCAUCUCCUCCGGCUUAGUCGAGUCGACCGAAGCGCAAGUGGAUGCGGCACCAGUUCCUCCUCCUCCGCAGACGAACGGCAAAGGAAAGGGGCCACUUGCCAAGCUCGACCUCGAUCCUGAGGGCUACUCCUCUGGAUGGAGUACCCCGCGCACGGACGUGUCAUCGACCGGAGGCAUGGAUGUGGACACGCAAGAGAAGGAGGAAGCGGCGCUGAAGCAGGGGUGGAAGGGGACGAGUAAGGAGUGGGUAAGGAGGGUGGAGGAGGCGUACUGGAGUGCCGGUACAGGUGAAGGGGAGAUCCAGAGGACAGGGCCUACAACUAGUGGUGAGGCGUUGCAGGCGACCCUUACACGUCGACGAGAGGCGAAAGCGCUGGCAUUGGGCGAAGCUGUUGACAGUUUGGCAGACGAGGUGGUGAGGGACAUGAUGGCCGCUGAGAGUGGCAAUGAGGAUGAGGAGGAGCGACGCUGCCGCCUGCUUCGCACAGAUUAUCGUGCCGUGCAGGACGAAGCUGUUAGCGGUCUGGCCGUGCAGUGGUAG